GUAUGUGGAUAAGCAAAUUAUAAACUGCAUGUACUCAGGUGCUUGAAAUUAUCUGAUUGAAUUCUGUUCCUAGUUGGUUGUUUUUUUUCUUAAAGUCCACUAAAUGUAAUGCUAGAGACGACAAGAUCAGAAAAAAAGAUUUGGACCCAUGUAAUAUGUUGGAUUAAGUCCACAUGAAAGAGUGCUGCAUGUGAGAUCCAAAUAUCAUGACUGCCACCAUGCACUGAAUCAGGACCCGUUGUGAGCCUUCUGCAUCUUGUGACAGUCUGUCUAAUUUAAAGAUGAAUUACACCUGUACCGAGGGAGAGGAAAAGGUGCCCAAUGAUGAACUGGAGUGUAAAAUAUGUUACCGGAAAUUUACUGUUCACAGUCGUAAACCCAAAAUCUUGGAUUGCCUUCACAGAAUUUGUGCUAGAUGUUUGACUAAAAUACUUCAUAUAAGAGAUGGACCUCUCUGUGUUAGCUGUCCCUUUUGCCGCCGUGAAACAGAAUUGCAUGAAGACAAAGUUGAAGGACUCCCCAAUGACACAAACAUUAUGUCCAAGCUCAUAGUAAAAGACAAAACAUCAUGGAAUUCUGACUGUAAAGAAGUAGUUUUAACACCAAAAAACUUGGUUUCCUCAAGUUUUUCCCGUGGAUCAUCAAACUGCUUAGUAAUUACAAUUAUGGAAGUACAAACAGACUCCCCAAGAGUUCCCAGUCAAAGUACUGCGUCGGAUUAUCACGCUGACCAUGGCACUGAGUCAGUAUCUCUAAGUUCUCGGAGUUGGCUGGACCAAGAUCUCUUUUCAAAGCUAUGCAAGCAUGUACCCAGCACACUGGUAUGGCUGCUUGGAUUUCUUUACUUUGGUUCGCUCCCUCUUGGGAUCUAUUUACUAGUGAUUCAGAAAGUGACCCUAGGUGUUGUGUGUAUGAGUUUUGUUCCCUCCAGUCUAACCGUACGUCUCCUGUAUAGCUUCUGCCAGUGCCUCUGCAAUGGAAUUUGUGACUACUCUUCACAAAGCUGAUACACAGUGUUUUAUCAAUUGGUAAUUUUUUAGCUGAACGAUAACAAACAACUUGACCGCAAACUUUAACCUUUAUGGACAGUUAAAUGCGUAUAGUAUGACAUACAUGUAUUUUUGUUAAAGCCCAAUAACUUGUGUGAAUACUGGCAAAAUGACAACAUGGUAUUGUUGUGGUUUUUCGUUUACUAAAAUGAUGGUGGUUACUAUCACCUGAUCCUGAAGUUACAAAUGGUUUUAGACCACCACCUCAUGAACUGUGAAUACAACAGAUAUUUGAAGGUUAUUUAUUGUUUAAAAAAGACAAAAAACCAAACAGCCUGUUUUUAUCAAAUACAUUGUCACUAUUUUUAAAAACAGGUGGAGAUCAGAAAUGCUCUGUGUAUGGUAUCACUUGUUUAAAAAAAAAGUUCAAAUCUUUUCUGAUGACAAAUGGAAAUAAAGUUGCAUUAAAUAUUCUGCUCUACAAUCAGAUUUUUCAGGAAAGUUUUGAUUUAUUAGUAUUAUGACAAAGAAGCUUGUAGUUUAAUCUUAAAGGGCCAACUAAAGAACAUUUUUUAACUAAGCUUUAAUAUUUUUCAUGAUUCAAUAUGUCUGAAAAAUUAUCUUACAUAAGCCAAAGUAUAUAAAAGUAGGAAUGAACCUAAUUUGCUUUCAGAAUUAAAAAAAAAGUAAAUUUUGUUUCCUUAAUAUAGUUCCUGCACAAAAAAUAUUUCUUUUUCUGAAUAUUUGUAUUCAACCUAUUUGAUAGUGCUCUACUGUUAUUUUCUAAAUUUCGUAUGGUUGUACUGAUAACCUACAAAAUUUUUUGCACAGUGAAUGACUUUAUAGUUUGUUUACAGUAACUGCUAAACUCCAACCUAAAAAUGUGUAUUUAUAAAAGAGAAUCAUUUUUAAUUUGCUACUUAA